AUGGCCAGAGCUCAUGAGCUCUCCACCGGCAUGGCCCCGGAGGGCUACCCAGUCCGUCCGGUGGACAAGUGGUUCUUGAGGACGAAGGCCGACUUGGAGCUCAACGGCAACUCCUUUGCAGGGCACUUCCUAGACACCACGACGUCACACGAGCUGCCGAGGCAUGUCCUCGAAAGAACUAAGUUCACCGUCGCGUGCAACAGAGGCGAGCAGCCAGGCCCGCUGUUAGAUGAGCGCGGAAGCCGUGGGCGCAACAUUCUGCCGGAUGCAGCGCCUCAGGGCAAGUCUCCCAAGGCAGCGCCUUCGCCACAGAAGAAGCGCUUGCGCUUGCCUCCAGCAGAUGACUCGCAGCUGCCCCAGACGACGCAGAGCAGAGCGCAACCGAUUGCCUCGAGCACCGGCGAUCUCCACCACCUUCCACAGCUUGGGCAAACUGGAGGCUUCCACGUGGACCCAAGAAGGACGGGAAGAGGAAACAAGUUGAAGUCCAUCUCUGCUGACACUCGUUAUGCGAAGCGUGGUUGGGGACGCGGUGGGCCGAUGUUUUGGCCUGAAAGUUCCUUCUGCAUGAGUCAAACAAUGACGAAUUUGCACAGCUAUGGCUAG